AUGUGGUCGCCACUCUAUGUCCUAGCAUCUCUCCUCAUCUUGCCGAGCUUCUGUCAGAAUAGCUCAAACACCUCUGUCCCAACUGGCGCUUAUCCUUUCUCUGUGUAUACGUUGACUGCCGAGAACAUUACUGCUAAGCUCAUCCCAUAUGGGGCACGCCUGACAUCUCUUCUGGUACAAGACCGCAACGGCACUUACCAGGAUGUGGUCGUCGGCUACGACAAUGCUACCCAGUAUCUGACUGAUACCGAGACAAAUCAUACCUAUUUUGGCCCGAUUGUGGGAAGAUAUGCAAAUCGCAUCAAGAACAGCACCUUCACGUUAAAUGGACAGAGUUACCACAUCCCUGCGAAUGAAAACGCUGGUGCGGACACUCUACACGGAGGAACUGUUGGUUAUGACCAGCGAAACUGGACGGUUGUGGCUUCGUCGCCAUCCAGCAUCACCUUCAGCCUGCUCGACACUGGCUUCCAGGGUUUCCCGGGCACGGUGCUAACCACUGCUACCUACACGCUGGGCAGUGCAGCAAGUGGCCCUCAAGGUGAAAUGAGGCCAAGAUUGACCAGCAGCAUGGUGUCCACGGCUCUCGAUCAAGACACACCCAUUAUGCUGGCGAACCACAUUUACUGGAAUCUUAACGCGUUUAAGCAAGCCACUAUCUUGAAUGAUACUACCUUGUGGAUGCCCUACUCGGAUCGAUACAUUGUUGUCGACCCGAUCCUGAUACCUACUGGCGCCCUGGGCUCCGUUACGAAUGUCUCAGCCUUGAACUUCCUGACUCCGAAGCUCAUAGGAGACGCUGUUGCCGAUGCUGCUGGUGUGUGCGGAGCAGGCUGCACAGGCAUUGACAACGCCUUCAUCCUCGACCGACCAGCAAGUGCAGGUGUUGCGGCCUCAGACUUCCCCGUGCUCCGUUUGUGGUCGGCAACGACGGGCAUCCAGUUGGACGUGUCGACCAACCAGCGAGGGCUUCAGAUUUAUUCAUGCAAUGGCCAGAACGGCACCAUACCAGUCAAGGCGAGUCAGCAGACAAGGAACAGCGGCACACAAGGGGCGGCCAGAUUUGUCAACAAGUACGGAUGUAUUGUGAUAGAGACACAGGCGUGGAUCGAUGGCAUCAACCAUCCGGAAUGGGGAAUUAGCGAUGAUGAGAUAUUCGGGCCUACAACAGGGCCAGCCGUAAACUUCGCGACAUAUGACUUCUCGACAUUCUGA